AUGAGCACGGACCCGUCCACGCCCGCUCCUGCGCUCGUCAUCCCGGAGGGCUUCACACUCCACUGGGAGAACACGUCUGCGAUUUUGCUGCCCGCGGAGAACGGCGCGUUCCUCAACCCGGUGCAGGAGUUCAACCGCGACCUGAGCGUCGCGUGCAUCCGCACGUGGGGCGCGCGCAUGAACUCGGACCGCGAGCGGCGGUGGCGGGCGGCGCAGGAGCGGAAGGUGGCGAAGGCGACGAAGACGGGGGCGCGGGACGCGGACGCGGACGGGCACGAGGCGAAGCGGACCAAAAGUGAGUGUCGCGCUUCCGCGGGUGCUUCGCAAAUCUCGGAAGGAGCGAAAGGGCAGCAGCAGGCAAGCAGACUCAGUGGGAUGACAAGCGUUUGUUCUAAUUACCACCCGCACAAGUUCGUGAUUAUGGAACCUCUGUCCGCUACCGGGCUGCGUGCGAUUCGUUACGCCAACGAAAUCCCUCUCCUGAAACAUGUCAUUGCGAAUGACCUCUCUCCUGCCGCUAUCGAAGCGAUGCGCCGAAACAUCGAGCUCAAUGACCUUCACGAGAAGGUGCUCCCACCCGAGCAAGGGUCGGAAGACCCCCCAAAAAUCCGUCCGGCAAGGAUUCAGGUUCAUCAAGGGGACGCUUGUGCCUUGAUGUACAACCACCGCGCGGACCGUGACCGGGUCGAUGUCAUCGACCUCGACCCAUAUGGCACCGCGGCACCCUUUGUUGAUGGCGCAGUUCAGUGUGUCAAUGACGGAGGGCUGCUAUGUGUGACGUGCACAGACAUGGCUGUUCUUGCUUCUUUGCCGUACCCCGAAAAAUGUUUCGCGAAUUACGGCGGCGUUCCCGUCAAGGCCGAGUAUAGUCAUGAAGCCGCUCUCCGUCUCGUGUUACAUUCUCUUGCCACGGCCGCGGCUCGUUAUGGCCGUAGCAUCCAGCCGCUACUAUCUUUGUCUAUCGAUUUCUAUGUGCGCGUUUUCGUGCGCGUGCAACACUCUGCUGCGGAGGUCAAGCGCAAUCUCGGCAAGACAGCCAUUUACUACGUGUGCAGCAAUUGCGAGUCCUUUUAUGAACAGCCGCUCGGCCGAGUCAAAGAGAACCCCGGCAAGAACGGAUCUAUCAACGUCUCCGCGAAACAGCAUGCCGGUCCUCCAGUGUCUGGACGAUGUCCGGAAUGCGACUCGACACUGCAUCUGGCAGGCCCGAUGUGGUCUGGGCCGUUGCACGAACCAGCGUUCGUGUCGGACGUGCUCGAGCACGUCGAGGCGAGUAAGGACAACUACGGUACGGCGGCGCGGAUGCAGGGCAUGCUGACCGUGGCGAAAGAGGAACUAGACACGCCGUUCUACUUCACGCCAAGCACCGUCGCCAGCCACUUCCACUGCGUAAAUCCUAGUCUUGAUGGCACUGCAUCUGCGCUGCUCCACGCCGGGCACAAGGUUUCGCGCUCGCACGCGUGCGCGGGCUCCCUGAAGACCACGGCGAGUUAUGCCGAAAUACAUGACAUCUUCCGCUCGUGGAUCAAGUCGCAUCCGGUGCGCAUGGACAAGAUCUCCCCAACCUCGCCUGCCCAACGGUUACUCGCGAAGGAGCCUGAGAAAGAGCACACUUUCAAGCACCACCCAGACUCAAAUCCCAAGUCGUCGAAAGUGAAGCUCGUACGUUACCAGCAGAACCCGACGCCGAAUUGGGGACCGGGUUCGAAACCGGGUGCAAAGCGGAAACGUGAAGACGCGGACUGA